CAUUGUUCUUUAAAAUAAUAUAAAUCCGCUGAAAGGCUCCGGGUGGCGAGGGCGUGCUUCUGAGUGAAACGACGCCGCUCCGCAGUGGUUUUUGUGUUUCCUCUAAUAGUAUAAACCGACUCUUUUCAGUUACGCAUACGCGCAAAGUUGUAAAUGGCGAACAAAGAGGGGGGAGAACAGCACCAACAACAACAGGUAGAAGAAGAAGAAGAAGGGCCGCCGCCAGGAUGGCAAUCUAUUCCUCCUCCGCAACCGCCGCCAUCAUCUGAAAUGGCUCAAAUGGUUUGUGGUUCAUGCCGCCAAUUGCUUUCAUAUCCAAGAGGAGCCCGGCAGGCUAAAUGUUCAUGCUGUGAAACAGUCAACUUUGUACUUGAAGCAGCGCAUCAGGUUGGACUGGUUAAGUGUGGCAGUUGUGCGUUGUUGCUCAUGUACCCGUUUGGAGCUUCAUCCGUCAGAUGUUCCUCUUGCCAUCUUGUGACAGAAAUCGGGGCACACAACAGGCGCCCUCCCUGGUCUGUACAACAGGGGCAUCCGACGCCUCCCAAAGCUGUGCAUUAAACUGCCAAUACCUGUCUGAUCUAUUAAUUUUGGAGCUACCUUUAUUUAUCUGGAUGUUUAGUUGAAUUAUCAAUGUAGAGAAGUUACUGCUGAUAUUGUCUAAUGAAACUUCUAAUCGAUUUGGAUGUGUUAAUCAAAGUUAAUAGAGCUCUUAAUAUA